AACAUUAAACAAAGCCCAGGUGAAGAGGAGGAGGAGGUGCUUUCUCCUCCUCCGUGUCUGAGCUGCACUUGCGCCCUGCCUCCUGCCAUCUCACCUCGCCGCCCACCGGCCCCGUUUCCUUUAUCGUCAUCGUUGAUGUCUCCUCGGUAAACGCCGGCUGUACUUUUUUUUUGCCUUCAACCACAACCCUAAAAAAACACAACACCACCGAGGUGAACCUUCAACCGGCCUGUACCGAGUAAAAUGUGGAUAAACGAGCGACGGACAGAGCAGUGAAGCAGCAGCAGCAGCAGCACCUGCGCCGCGCCGGGGAAAUGCUCGACGAAAGCGGCAAAGCGGCACCCGGGAGCCCCGCUGAACCCAGAGCGACCACAGGGCAGAAUUCCAUACACUUGAACGGCCACACUGUCACUCAGAAUGGCCACACCGCGGCGGAUACAUCUGCACCCCAGCUUGAAUCUCGACCCCCGAGUCCUGCGCCCACUACGACCCCGGUCAUCCCGAGGGAGCAGUGGGGAGGGAAGUACGAGUUCCUGCUCUCCUGCAUGGGGUACUGCGUGGGACUGGGGAACGUGUGGCGAUUCCCCUACCUUUGUUAUCGCAACGGAGGAGGUGUGUUCCUCAUCCCUUACUUCAUAAUGCUGUUCUUCACGGGGGUUCCACUCUUCCUCAUGGAGCUGAGUUUAGGCCAGUACGGAGCAGCCGGCCCCAUCACCGUGUGGAAAUGUUGCCCCCUGCUCAAAGGUAUUGGCAUCGGGAUGCUGUGUGUGUCCACGCUGGUGUGUCUCUACUACAACGUCAUUAUAGCGUGGACGUUCUACUACCUGGGCAGCUCCUUCCAGAGCCCUCUGCCCUGGUCCUGCGAUGCUAUUGCCAAUGCAGGUCUCUGUGGUAACGGCACAACCGGCAACAGCUCCACCGGUAAACUCCUCAGCCCCACAGAGAUUUUCUGGAAUGAGCGUGUGCUGGGUGUAGUGCACAGCGAGGGCCUUCACAACCCGGGCCCUGUCCGGUGGCCCCUGGCCCUGUGCCUGCUGGCUGCCUGGAUCGUCAUCUUCCUUUGCAUGCUCAAGGGCAUCCGCAGCUCUGGCAAGGUGGUUUAUGUAACAGCUACCUUCCCGUACUUUGUGCUCGUUGUCCUGAUCAUCAGAGGAGCCACACUGGAGGGCUCGCUUCAGGGCAUCGCCUUCUACCUCACACCAGACUGGGGCCGAUUAGCUAACGCACAGGUGUGGAACGACGCAGCCUCUCAGAUCUUCUACUCCUUAGGUAUUGGAGUCGGAGGGCUUCUCUCCAUGGCCUCUUACAAUAAGUUCGACAACAACGUCAUCAGGGACACUUUGAUCAUCACCACAGGAAACUGCUCCACCAGCUUCUUUGCAGGAUUUGCCAUAUUCUCAAUCCUGGGUCACAUGGCGUGGAAGAAGGGAGUGCUUGUCGCGGAGGUGGCGGAUACAGGUCCAGGGUUGGCCUUCGUCGCUUACCCAGAGGCCCUCGCUCUGCUGCCAGGCUCGGUGUUCUGGUCCAUUAUGUUCUUCCUCAUGCUCUUCAUGCUGGGGAUCGAUACGCUGUUUGGCAACAUGGAGGGCAUCACUACGGCCGUGCUGGACGAGUUUCCGCGCCUCAGACUGAACCCACUGCACAAGGCCAUGUUCCUGGGUGCUCUGUGUUUCUGCUUCUACCUGAUGGGUCUCCUGUUAGUGACUGACGGUGGGAUUUACUGGUUCACUCUCAUUGACUCCUUCAGCACUAGUUUCGGCCUCAUCAUCAUCACCCUCUUCAUGUGCAUUGGCAUCUCCUUCUUCUAUGGAGUCAACCAGUUUUGUCAGGACAUACUUGAUAUGAUCUCUCACUGCCCUCCCUGGUGCGGCAAAGUGCUGCUUUACUUCAAAGCAUGCUGGGUGUUGUGCACUCCAUUUCUUCUGCUGUUCAUCCUGACCUACAUCUUCAUUGAGAUGUACAACACGCCGCUCCACUACGGCUCCUAUGUGUAUCCACGGUGGGGCAAAGCGUUGGGCGUGUGCAUAGGUGCGACCUGCUGUCUACAGAUCCUCAUCUGGGCCAUUGUGGCCAUCAGCAAGGAAACUGGAACUCUGAAAGAGCGUUUCCAGAAAUCAAUCCGACCUCUAAACUCCUGGAGGGUAAACAACGCGAACAUUGCCACCGGAGCACAGCAGCACAUGGAGCCCGAGAGAGUAGAGGCUCCGUUCACUGUCACGCUCACAGACAUGGACUUUACGGCCAUGGCGUGGGAGCAGGGAAGCCAGGCGUGACGGCCCGGAGAGAGCGGUGAUGGACAAACUGAGUCACUGAGAGGAAGAGAACUUUAUUUUAUAUGUGCACCAGCUAGGUUCUGGUGGCCGGACUGUGUGUCCUGCAGGGCAGCGUGGAUCAAUUGCUUUAUUUAUACUUUUAUGUGUGUUUAAAUUGUAUAUUUUUUAACCUUUGGAUUUUGUUUUUAUGUUGUAUAGAAUAUAAGGUUCAUAGAUGGCACGUUAGGACUCCACUGGGACAUUAGCAGUGUAUCUGCUGAUCUUAUUUAUUAUCAUAGCAGCAGAGUGAAUGAAUUUUCACUGGCAGCGGUCAGCAGCGGCUGAGCUGCCAGAUCUGUCAUGUACAAGGAACAAAAACAUACGGUGAUGCUCGACUGAUACUUCAACAGCCACUGAUGGACCUGGAGAUGUGACCUCAAGUCAUCAGCCUGCUGGACUGAAUAGUGCUGACGACUCAACCACGCAGAGGAAUACUUUUAAUCUAUUCUACAUUUUAAGAGGAUUAAUUUGCUGAGCUUAUCGCUAGAAUAAAAAAAUACAUUAAAAAAUAACUUGCCAAAUGAACUGUUACGUACUUUUCCUGUGUUGGUAUGAUGGCAGACACUCAAGGUCACUCCUAUUGAAAACUUUAUUGCUCAGUUUGUCACAUUAACAGCACAAGUCUGUCAAUAGUAUUGAAUAUCUGUCGAUUGUAUCAUAACCAUCCUUUAUCAUCUUUAGACAAAAAGUGAUAGUGAAGUCAGUGAGUGUCUACACAUAUUUAUGUAGGCUUUAGGUUUUAAUGUUUACUAAAACGUUGCUAUUUAUUAGCAGAAAGCCCUCCUUAAGUCAUUGUGAUAAAAUGUAUUAUCUGGAAAAGUACUCAUCGGUUGAGUGUAUUUGUUGUCACGGUGUCAAUCUUGCAAACAUUUUUCACAACUCUCUUGGGUCCAAAUGUCACCGAUUAGAGAGGUUGCUUCAAGAAGACAUCAAAGUUAGUUCUUAAAAUUUUAUUCCUCUGCAAUAUUGGCCACACUAUAUCAUUUUAUAAUGUUAUUCGACAAUCAGAACUAUGCAUGUUUUACUAGAUUUGAUUUUAAAUCUGAGACAUUGAGGAAAGAAUAAUAUGAAGAAUUACCAAAAGACAGCUCACGUUUACCUUUUUUGAAGUGACUGAUUGACUGUAAGACAACCAGAUAAAUAACGUGUGAAUCAUACUAGUUGCACUUCCCUCACAGAGGACUGGCGUUUUGAUAGUGAAUGUCUAAAGAUUUAAUGUCUGG